UCGGGAAACGGCGUAGGCCCACAGCAGCAAGCAGAUCUCUCCAGCGACGACGGGAGGAGGGAAGGGCACGAAAGGCGGAGAGGGGCAGCAGAAGCAGCGGGGGCAGCCAUGGGCAUGAUGGACAAGCUCAAGAUCUUCGUGGUGAAGGAGCCCGUCGUCGCCGCGUCUUGCCUCAUCGCCGGAUUCGGUCUCUUUCUUCCAGCAGUUGUUCGGCCAAUCUUGGAUUCAUGGGAGACUGCGGAAAAAGUUCCUCCACCUCCUCUAAAUGAAGUGGUUGCAGGUGUCACCGGCAAGAAAAAGUAGCGAACUUGCAUGUUUUCUCUUGUCAAUGUUGUCCAACAUUUUCUUCCCCAUGUUUCCUGGCAACCAGUUUGUAACUUGGAAGGCUCUUCCAGGCUCGCGGUCUUUUACUCUAGAUGAUAUCGGCGAAAUAAUCAUUUUACCUGAACCUCAUAAUACUGCAAUGUGACAGUUUUGGAAUUUUUCCUUCUGAAAAGGUCGAUAGAAUGUCAGUUUCUUGCC